AUGAGUCCGGAGCAUAAGGACCCCGUGGCGCUGAACGACGAGGCUGACGAGGCUCUUGGCACGGCAGGCCGUCGCAGAAAGCCAUUGUCUUUCUACAUGGCGUUUCUGUGCCUUUUAAUCAUGGUGUUUCUCUGUUCUAUGGACUCGACCAUCAUGGCGGUCUCGAUACCAAUCAUCACCGAAGAAUUGGGCGGUACUACCUUUCAGGCCUUCUGGGCUAACCUCGCCUUCACCCUCACGGUCGUCAUCAGCCUGCCUAUAUACGCCAGCGCAUCGGAUGUCCUCGGCCGUAUAAUCCCACUGUACACAUGCUACGUGCUGUUCUUGGUGGGAUCCGUCGUCUUCGCCACCGCAAAUUCCAUGGCGGUAGUCAUCAUUGGCCGUCUGAUCCAGGGGCUGGGUGGCGGCGGUCUCGAUGUCCUCAACGAGAUACUGAUUGUGGAUAUCACGACGCUCAAAGAAAGACCGCUGUAUAUGGGUCUGAUGGCUGUUCCCAUGGCUCUGGGUACCAUCGCCGGGCCGAUAGUAGGUGCAGCGUUCAGCGAGUACAUCAGCUGGCGAUGGCUUGGCUGGAUCAAUGUGCCCCUGCUCGGGGUCGACGUUGUCCUUGCAGCCCUUUUUCUACGCCUGAAGGCUCUCGAUGAGCCUCUUUCCACGAGAUUUACUCGGCUCGACUGGAUAGGGAGCCUCAUAUUCACUAUUGGAGCUACUGCUUUUGUCCUCCCGCUCAGUUGGGCGGGAAAUCUCUAUCCUUGGUCCUCAUGGAAGACAAUCGUGCCCCUGGUCAUCGGGCUGCUCGUCCUUCUUGUCUUUGCCGCUUACGAGGCCAAGCCGGACGCGCCGUUAUUUCCACACCGCAUGUUCAAGUCUCGAACGUCGCUCAUGACCCUUCUCAGCGGCACAAUACAUGGCCUGAUAAUCUAUCCUGCCACCACAUACCUGCCCCUAUUCUUCCAAGCUGUGAAGCUGCAGUCACCCCUUCAAUCUGCGGUGUCUCUACUGCCAUCAUGCUGCGGAGUGGUGGGAUUUGCGCUGCUGUCUGGGGUCGCCGUGGAGGUCAGCCGUCGGUAUCUGUGGCAAUUCUGGGCUUCCUGGAUCACAAUCGCUAUCGGAAUUGGUAUCAUUUCGAUAUUCGACGGGGGCUCUUCCGUAGCAGAGACGGCUGGGUUCCAGAUCAUCUCUGGCGUUGGCCUUGGUGCCCUGUGGACAGUGCCGGCGCUUUCCAUGCAGGCAAGUGCCGCGAACGUCGAGGACCAAGCCCUGGCAGUCGGUAUACUGGUGGCUUUCCGCCUUUUUGGUGCUCUCAUAGGCCUUGCGAUUGCGUCUACCGUGUUCGCCAGUAUCUUUGAGCAGUCCAUUGCUGCUCUCCAGCCUCUACCAGCCGCCGCCGCGGCACUGGACCAGGCAAGUCAAGCAAUUGGAUUCAUUCCUGGCUUGAAGGGCCUUGAUGACCCAUCAGAUGUUCUCUCUGGCAUUAUCAAGGUGUAUCGAGAAUCUUUCCAGGUGGUAUGGUAUGUCAUGGCCGGAUUCGCCUGUGUUGGCUUCUUUUCGAGCUUGUUCAUCAAGGAAAAGUCGAUAGAAACCGAAGAGACAGGCAAGCAACAUUUGCAAACAAGGGAGAAAAGUAGAAUUUAA